ACAGUUCGCUUCACGUCCGGCCGCCAUAGUGCUUCAGGGAAUCAAGUCGCGUGCGUGUGAUUCCUGGCUCCGUCGCGCUUGCCGUCUCUCUCUUUCCUAUACUCCAUCACUCUGGCCGUUUCGCCUACGCCGACACUCAGCCGUGCCGUCCGCAGCGAGGAGCACGUCGAUCUGCGACAAUCGUCGCCCGACUAUUCGCAGUGUCCGUCGUAGCAUCGCGUCUUGGAAUCUACGGGAAUAAACACCUUCGCUAAAACGACCAAAGAUGGAUGUUCAGACAGGACUGGUAUAUGUCGGCAUUGUUGUCCUCUCUGCUGCAGCCAUUGCCUUCAUUUCGAUGUUCGGUAUCAGAGAGAAAUCUUACGAAGAAGCAAUCGCCGAACAGAGGAAGCUUCCUGAUGAUCUGUUGUCAAGUAAAAAGGAUAAAAAUAAAGAAAAGAAGCACAAGAAUAAAGCAGGAAAGAAGGUGAAAGAGAAGAAAGAAGAAAAAGAUGAUAAGGAGGACAAAGAUGAAAGAUCUGAUCAUGUGCAAUUUGAAGAAACUCCUCAAAUAUUGCCUUCUGAGCCUCCAGUACAGGAGAGUAACAAAGGCAAUAAGAAGAAAGGAAAACUUGAAAAGAUAAAACCCAUCCUCGUAAAUAAAGAUGAGCCAUCAGUCAUUGUGACUGAAUUAAAUCCCUCGCAACCUUCCUUGGCAGAGGCUAACCAUUUUGAUGUUAUUCAUCCAAAGGAUGACCUUGAACUUGUACGGAGUCAAAGUCAGAUUACCCAAACUGAGACAGUGGAGAAAGUCAACAAGUCACCAAAGGAUACUCCAACUAAAAAGAAGAACAACAAAGAUGCUGUAAAGAAGAAAGAUGAAAAUAAGGAUGAGAAACAGGAUACUGUUACUUAUAAUAAUACAUCUAAUAAAGAAGCUAUGAAGGAAGCUUUGAGGGACAUAAAGGAACAGAAGGAAAUGCCAAUUAAGGAAGUAAAGGAAGUUGUCAAGGAGGUAAUCCAACAGUUACCAAACAAGGAACCCAAAAAGACGAAAAAAAAGAAUGAUAUUUUAUCUCAAAUGGAUGGAGAUGCUGUUAAUGUUGAACUAUUGAUGCUAUGUAUUCAGAAGGCAGAACUUAGUCGAUCUGAAAUACAGAUCCUCACGAAUCAUCUCUUGAAUAAACAGCAAGACAAUCCAUUAGAACAUUCUGAGUGGACAGAAGGUCGUGCCGAUCCUGUUAUUAAAUUGAAAAAACAAUUGGCGGAAAAAGAGAAAGCACUGACUGAUGAACACGAAGCGAGCGUGGCCUUUCAAAACAAGCUAAAGGAAUUGCGAACUGAAUUUAAUACGGAGAGAUCUAGACUAUUAGCAACUACUAGACAACUCGAGGAAACUUUGAACGCGAAAAUCACAGAGACUCAGACAUUGCAUACCCGAAUGCAACAUAUUUUGGAAAGUCAUGUUGCAGAGAAGCAAGGUUUUGCUAGACAGAUCGAACAAUUGCAGACUAAAGUGAAUGAGGAUGCCACAAUAAUUCACAAGUUACAAGAAGAUCAGGGACAAACUCAGGGCCAUUUGCAGCAAGAAUUAAUGGCGCAGCGAAAGCAAAUGGAAGUGCAGUUCGCUCAGAUGCGCGAAACUGAGAAUACAUUGAAAUCGCAAUUGGCUCAAAAACACGUAGAGAUGCAGGAUCUGCAAAAUGAACUGCAAGCGACUUGCGAGAGUAGCUCCGGAGAGAUAGAGAUGUUACGUCAGCAAUUAGGACUAAUGCAAGGUCAAUUGAUGCAUUCGGAAGGACAAUUACAACACUUCAAGGAAACAAACGAUCGACUACAAGAUAUUGCUAGGCAACUUGAGGAAUCUCAUCGUGCGCACGCCGACUUAGAUCAUAGAUUGAAAAGCGCACAUCGACAUGAACAAGAAUUGCAGAAGCAAGUAAAUUCACUGCAGGCGGAAUUAAAUCAUGCGAAAAAUGAAGCCAAUGAAACGUCUACUUUAAAGGUAGAACUUAGCAAGACUCAAACAGAAUUAAUAAAAUUAAAAUCUGAGCUGUCAGCUACGAUGAAUGAAGCUAAAUCAGAAGCAGCCGAAAUUAUAGCCUUGAAAAAUGUAUUGAGUAACAAGGAGGACGAACUAAAGAGAUCACAGGACAAAUUUUAUGCUGUACAAAAUGAUUUGCAACAAUCUGGCAUGCAAGUUACAUGUAUGGAAUCUGAAUUGAAUUCUGUACAAAAGAAAUUGGAUAUGCUAAAGAUUGAUUUUGAAAGGGCGGAAGGUAGUUUAAAUGAAGCGAAGAAUGACGCAAAUAAGUAUCAAAAUGAGGUAUAUACACUCCAGGAAGAAUUGGCAAAUUCACGUAAGGAAUUGAGUAUAGUUCAUACUCAACUUAGGGAAUCCAGUGAAAUGGCGAACGAAUUAAAAACUUUGCAAACCGAAUUAAAUAGAUUGCAGAGCAAUGAGAAAAAAAUAGGAGACGAACAGUUUCGAAUUAUGAAACUACAAGAAGAAAAUGAUAGACUGCGUACUGAGCUUGCGAGUGCUAUAGAGAAACAAAGAGAACUUCAACAGCAGCAAGAGGAUAACAAAAUCCAUACGGACGUAGUAUUAGCCACUACUACUGAGUCUCAACAUGCCAAUUUAGACGAAAAAGUUCUAUUAGAAAAAAAAACAACUACGCACAAAGAAAAAGAGUUUAAUAAGCUGGACGAACAAUUACAUGUAUUAGAAAGUAAUGCAGACAAGGACCAACAUUUUAUUAGACAAUUAGAAGAAGCUUUGGAAGUCCAAAAAUCUAAAAAUAAUGAACUACGCACAAAGAACUGGAAAGUGAUGGAAGCUCUUUCUGCUGCUGAGUUGCGUGCCAAAUCCAGUGAUGAGAGAAACGUUAAAGAGGUAACACAAAAAAUAAAAGAGGAACAAGAAGAAAUAACUAAGGCAUUUCUACAAAGGAUAUUCCCAGAGAUUAAAGUGUCCGAGAAGACACAUGAACAAUGGCUCAAAUCUUUUGAAGAUAAAUUAUGUGCUAUUCUAAAUGAAUUGAAACAGAAAAACACAGAUCAGACAAAUCCAGAUUUGGAGAAACAGAAUAAAAAUUUGCAAGGCAUGGUUUCACAUUACAAACAAAUUAUUUACGAUACGGAAGGUAUGCUUAAUAAACUACAAAGUCAUAUAGAAUCCGAGGAGACGAGAUGGCAGUCACAACUUCGGCAAAAGGAGAAUGAAGUGACAAACCUCAGAGUAGAACUUAAUGAUAUGCAAGCCAAACUAAUUUCAAGUGAAGAGUUUAAACAAAGAGUGAAAGAGUUGGAAGAUCGUAUAGAACAGAAUCGUACGGGAACAUUACUUAAAGCCGCGCAGAGAGCCUGUGGAGAAUUAGAUGGCAACGAGCUUGUUACUUUAGAACAAUUACAAGAGGAGAAAGCUCGAUUAUCACAAGAAUUAGAAAUAGAAUGCAAUAAGAGGGCGACGUUGGAUGCCGAAGUUACAAAAUUGCGUUCUCUUGUUGAAACUAGCGAGGCGAGCUUAGUAUACGAGAAAACUCUUGUCUCACAACUUCAACAAGAAGUAUCUCAACUCAAGAAUGAAAUUUGUGGCGGCUGUAGCAGCUCAGAGCAGUCUAUGUUAAACGGUCCAGCCACAUCGGAUUCUCUUCAAUCUGAGCCUUCUCUAGCAUCUCAGACUCUGAUAGCUGUGUUAGAAAAUACUCGGCUCAAGAAUACAGAGUUUGCAAACUGUUCUAUUACCAAAUCUGUCAAUUUGGUCAAUCAAUCUGAACAAGAAAUUGAGAACAACUCCCUUACUACAAAAUACUCCUCCAAAUCUUGUCAUAUGACAGAUCACAACACACAGGCUAAUUGGAACCCAGUGAUUGGCCAGCAACAUAAAAAGCACAAGAAAAAAAGGAAGUCCACUAAGAAAACCAUGGCAAAACGGCGCAGAUUCGCAGGGUGGUUCAGGAAAAAAAUAACUUCGAAAAAUAAACUACGCUAGUGCAGUGCGAGUACUGGUGGUUAAAAAGAUGGGAUGCGCAAAUGCUAAAAGCGAAUGCAGCAUUGCUAUAUAGGUAUAAAUGGCAUACUUUGCUACUCAGAAGACUAAUAUAAAGUGAAAAUACUACGAAUAAUGUUUAUUGUAAAAAAAUAUCAUAUUUUAUUAUGUGGAGAAAAUAUAAAUAAUUAAAUUCGUAGCGAUUAAAUGGGAAAACUUGAAAUACUUGAGUAUGUGAUGGUUAUAUAAUUUAUAAUUAUAAAUAGCUAUACACGAUGUAAAGGUUAUCAAAAUUGUGCAUUAUGGAUCAUCGAUAUUGUUUAUAGAAUCUAUGAGCUAUAAAACAAUUUGUAAAUUUUAAUUCUGUUGUGAGACGUAUAAGAACAUAACACUUGAAGAAUAUGUUCUUGCGACGCAAAAAAUUGUACAAUUAAUUAAUUAAUGGAUUCCAUGACUUCAUGAUUCAUUGUGUAUAACGAUAUUGAUUCUGAUAUUAUUUCUGAGUCAUACUGUUAUUAGUGUUUAACAUCUUUUUUUCUUUUUUUAUCAUUAGACGCAUGGACCAGAA